AUGGUACUGAACCUUAUGGGAUUGGAAGAUUUUUUGGGUCUCAUCUACGUGACAGCAUGGUCGAUAUCGAUCUACUCGCCUAUCUGGGAAAAUGUUAAAUGUAAAUCAACAAAGGGUAUGUCAAUGGAUUUUUCUGUUUUGAACACUAUGGGUUAUUUUUAUUUGUUGAUUUCUAUGAUUUUGCAAAUGUUUUACUGGAUACCAGUAGAAAACACAAAUAGCAACAGUCAAUUUCCAUUCAAAGCUAACAUGGUUGAUAAUGAUGUCAAAGUCAGCAAUAUGCUAGAAUUGAAUAAUUUGGAAUCUCCCAAAAUCACUAGUUUUGAUUUAUUUUAUUGUUUUCAUGGAGAAGUAAUGAAUUUGGUUAUUCUUUCUCAACUUUUCUGGGGCAAAAAAUUGUGGAGGUUCCAUGAUGAUAAGAAAAGACGUAUGAAGCCAUUGUAUUUUAAGAUUUUCCUCCUUUCGAUAUUUAUUUUCGCGAUAUACACCUUCCAGUUUCUCCAAUCUAGUUACUUCAUUGAAGGUUGGAAUAAUAGAGCCACUUUACGAUAUUGCAAUAAAUUGUUUGUUUUGAAAAUUUCAAUGUCUUUAAUCAAAUACAUCCCUCAAGUCAAGCACAAUAUGGAGAGGAAAUCAGUAAAAGGAUUUUCCAUCACUGGUGUAAUAUUGGAUAUAAUAGGUGGUGUUGCAGCAUUAUUGCAGCUGUUGUUACAAUUGAGUCGUGAAAAUGGUGGGAAUUUCACUUUGAUGCUGAUCUUUUUAAAUUUUGGUAAAAUUGGACUGUCUCUUGUGGCAAUAACAUUUGGGUUCAUAUUUAUAAUCCAAGCAAUAAUCUAUGGUAAUACAUGA